GCUGGUUGCGGAGUCCAUCCACCUUUCAACCAACGGAACGAGGAGGGCCCUGCCCGUGCGCGCGGUCGGUGAGAGAAAUCGGGACGACAACGACGCAGAGGGGAUUUUCCUAUUUUCUUGCGCUCUUUGCUUCUUCCGCAGUGGAAGAUGGCUGCUGAUACUUCAGCCGAAAUGUUUUCUAAAGCUCUGGAGUCUCAAAUGCUUCAGACAGCCAAGAUUGUAGAAGAACAGCUUGAUGUAGAGAUGCAAAAACUGGACCAGAUGGAUGAUGAUGAACUGGAACUUGUAAAGCAAAGAAGGCUUCAGGCACUGAAAAAAGCCCAGCAACAGAAACAGGAAUGGCUAUCAAAAGGACAUGGGGAAUACCGGGAAAUCCCUAGUGAGAGAGAGUUUUUCCAAGAAGUAAAAGGGAGCAAAAAUGUGGUCUGUCACUUUUACAGAGAUACAACUCACAGAUGCUUAAUAUUAGACAAGCAUUUAACUAUUCUUGCAAAAAAGCACAUUGAGACCAAGUUUAUCAAGUUAAAUGCUGAAAAAUCUCCAUUUCUGUGUGAGAGACUUCGCAUCAAAGUCAUUCCCACGCUAGCACUUGUAAAAGACGGGAAAACACAGGAUUAUGUAGUUGGCUUUACUGAUCUUGGUAACACAGAUGACUUUACCACAGAAACCUUAGAAUGGAGAUUAGGAUGUGCAAAUAUCAUCAACUACAGUGGUAACUUAAUGGAUCCACCUUUCCAGAGCCAAAAGAAGUUUGGAACCACUUUCACAAAGCUGGAUAAGAAAACGAUCAGAGGGAAGAAAUAUGAUUCAGAUUCUGAUGAUGACUAGACAUCAUGAUACAAAUAUUUGUAAAUCAUCUUUUCUUUUAAGCUUGGUACAUUUCUAGGAAUGUUUUUAUAAAGCUCUUUGUUUUCUGAACGUUUGCACAUAAUGCUCAUUUUCUAAACAGUUUUAUACAACUCAUGAAAAGAAAUCUUAAAUAUUUUUUCGUCCUGGGAGGUCAUUUCUAGGCCAAGAAAUCUGAGCCCUUUUGAACUGUGUCACAUGAAAAAUUAUUUUCAGUGGUUUGUUCUUUAAAAAGUAGCCCUUUGAAACUGAGUUUUAGUUCCUUAUACCAUUUGCUGAUAAAAUAUUAGUGAAGGACUUCUGUCAAGAAUUGUUGUAAAGCUAUUCUAGAAGUAGUGCAUUAAUAAAAUCAUUGCUUGUCAGUGCCAUGAGUAUGGCAUUGCCUUACCUAACUAUAUUGCAUUGCAUUAUUAUGAAAACAUCUUAGCCUCCUUAAAAGAAUUAAGGCUGAAAUCUACCUGUAAGUCUUACUGACGUCCAUGGGAGUCUUCCUAGUAGAAGUGCAGGUUUGCACUGUAAGUCGACCAACUGUAUACACAGCAUGUUAAAGCUGAAUCAGCAGUAAAUAACAUAUGGCAAAACUAUAUUGAAACAUACCUUGACUGCAGGAUUUUUAAUAUAAUUCUGUGGUUUACAGAACAGGCUAGAUAAAAUCACAAUGAACGUUGCUGUUCAUUUUUUCUCUUGAUAUGAAUGCAGUUUAAUACACCUUCUUGCACUAUUAUUCUUCAGUAAGAUGUUUAAGAUGUUUUUAGAAUGUUUUAGGAUGUUUUAAAUUCAGUUUUAUGUAUUUUAUUGCUUAUUGUUCCCCGCCUCGAUCAAAAUGGAGAGGCGGGUAAGAAAUAAAUUUAUUAUUAUUAUUAGGCAUAUUUGUCAGGAUAAUUUCUACCUUCUUGGAAUUUUAAAUGUCCCUUGCGAAUUUGGCAAUCUAUCUGGUAGGUGAAUCAACUUACCCUCUGUGCUCAUUAAUAUCAGUUAUUUGCCAAAUAAAGUAAGUGCCUUUGAGCAAAUUGAGCAUCAACAGCAUUUACAAGCCCCAUUGAUCUAGGGAAAAAAGCCGCCCUUGCAAAUUUAAUUGAGGCAAAUAUGAAACCAAAACACUAUUUUAAAAAAUUUGUAAUCCAACCAAACUAGGUAUGUGUUGUCCUUAAGUGCAUGGCUCUGGCUUUUCUCUUCUGUAAGAAGGAAGUGGAUAAGCUUUAGCUUUCUUCUCUCCAUUUUUCCUCUAGAGGAAGGUAAGAAAAUUGCAUAGGUGAGAGGGUGAUUGGGCACAACAAGUAAAUAUCCACCAGGUAAUCACCCCUUCCUUGGCUCAGUGGAAUAAGAACAUAAAAAGGGCCAUGCUGGAUCAGACCGAGGGUCAGUCUAGUCCAGUACUCUGUUCACAGAGUGGCCAACCAGCUGUCAACCAGGACAAAACAGGACAUGGUAUAACAGCACCCUCCCACACACAAUUGUGUUCCAGCUUGCUUGUUUCUCUCUUCCAUAAGAUGGAAACCAUGGGCAAGCUACUUGCAGGAGAUGUAAAGAGGGAGUGUUUAAGAGGUUAUUAAGUUCAAGAAAUGACCACAGAGGGUGGGAGGUAAUAAGAAGGAAGCAGGAGGAAAGGAGAAAAGAUUUCAAGGUGUGUGUGUGUGAACACGUGGUAGGCAGAAUCUUCAUGUCCCAUCAAAUUCUGGGUACUAGCUCCCAUAGGAGGUGCAAAACACAUCUGGCGCUCUAGCACAGUCAAUCAGCAAUAUUCUAUUAACUUUUUUUUUAAUGUUCAUGUACAUUCAAAUAAAUUUAUUUGAAUUCUAA